AUGAGACCUUCAUCUGUACUUCUGAUCCUUGCCAGUGUCCUUUUGGUGCUCGUAUGCAAACUUACAUUGACAGAUGCUGCGGCACUUAUCAACGAUGCUUCUAUCCUUGAGAAUAGUGCAAGUAACGAAGAUUAUGCAUCUGUACGAAACAAGAAGGAUACAAGUGCAUUAGCAGCACAACAAGUGAUUCCAGCCCCAUUUCGUCGUCAUCACUUGAAAUUCGGUGUACUCGGCAAACGCUAUGCCUAUGGUUAUCUGGGCAAACGAAAUGAAGCAUCACAAGCAAACACGAAUUCCGAAGACUGGCUAGACAACUCGCGCGAACGACGUGCUGGCCGUCCACAAUACGGAAUGUUGGGUUAA